GUACAAUUUGCCAGUCAACCUCUCGAUGUCGAAUCGUUACGGACAUAGAAACGCGAUUGUUGGAGACAUUUUUUUCAAUUGUACCCAAUAAGUUUUAUCGUACUAUAAGCAGUACGUAUGUGUACGCGUACAUGCAUCUAUAAAUAAGACGAAACUCGAGAAAAUGGUUGUUACACCGCAGAAAACCAUACGAGAUAUCGACACCGAAGAAUCGGAUGUUGAGAACGCUGUCAGACAUGCGGGUUUCGGUAAAUUCAACAUCAAAAUCGCGAUAAUCGGUGGAUUAAUUUAUAUGAAUACGGGUUUGAGCAUCGGCAGCGUGAGCUUCAUUCUGCCGUCAGCCGCGUGUGAUCUUCAGCUGAGUACCCUUGACAAAGGACGGAUCAGCGCGUCUCCGAUUCUCGGAAUGGUCGCCGGUUCAUACUUUUGGGGCUGUUUCGCCGAUGUCCAAGGUAGAAGAUUGGCUCUCUUAUACGCUCUCUUCCUUUACGGGAUCAUCGAAAUAACUUCAUCGGUUGUAACGACGUACUGGCUGUUUCUACUGUUAAAGUUCCUCAGCGGUUGGGUCAUCAACGGACAGAGCGCAAUCGGAUUCAUCUACCUCGGUGAAUUUCAGAGUAAUUUACAUCGCGAAAAAAUCUUAAGCUGGAUGGAGAUGGCCUGGACAAUUGGGCUCAUUGUUGUACCACUUAUCGGUUGGGCGAUCAUACCUCUCGAGUUCUCCUACGUGACGGAUAAAUUUUCAUUUCGUUCUUGGAACCUUUUUAUAAUCGUUUGUGCAUUGCCAUCCUUUCUCGUUGGUUUGUGGCUGUUGACGUUUCCUGAAACACCGAAAUAUCUCGCUGAAACUAAACAGGACGAAAAAUUUGUGGAAGCUCUCGAAAUAAUGCACUCUCAAAAUACCGGUGGUAACUUUGACGAGUAUCUCGAGAGUUUAUGCAAAAAUGGCCACGAUAGACUACGAGCGAGACUCACACUAGCCAAAAGGACGAUCGAAAAGAUUGUUACGAGCAAUAACGUCAACAAAAGCGACCCUCCGAUAUCAAAUGCACAAUUGUUUCUACAAAUGAUGCGAACGAUCAUAACGCAGUCGAUUAAACUUAUGAAACCACCGCAUCGUCGCAACACUUUCACCGCGUGUGUAAUAAUGUAUUGCAUCGGUUCGUCCUACUAUGCUCUCAUGUUGUGGUUCCCCGAAGUUUUUCAAAGAUUCGCCACAUUCGAGAAGAUCCGGCCUGAGGAUACAGCGAGCGUUUGCACGAUAUCAUCCAGCAAUUGGACAAUGAAUUUCGAGAGCAACGCCUCCGCUACCGUCUGUCCUAGUACAGUCCAAAGUUUCGUUUACCUGCAGACUCUCAUUCUUGGCUUAUCCUGUUUACCUGUAAGCAUCGUUUUACCCUUGACUAUUCACAAGCUGGGAUACAAUUUUUAUCUGAUGAUUUCGACGACAAUCGCUGCGAUGGUAACCGUCGGUUUCUUCUUCGUGAGAUCUUCGACUGAGAAUCUCGUACUUUCGUGCAUUUUCGAAGCUUUUUCAUCCGUUUGUAUGAGCACAAUGCUCUGCAUCGUAGUGGACCUCUUCCCCACGGAUCUUCGUGCGAUGGCCGCUGCCCUCAGCAUGUUUUCCACCAGGUUAGGCGCCCUCAUAGGCAAUACUCUUUUCGGAUAUUUGAUCGACGAUUACUGUAUUCCGCUGAUCGCUGUGAUAACAGUCCAACUAGCCGUGUCAGCUGUACUUAGCUUUACGGUACCCGGCAGAAAGAAGUUGUGGUGCAGAUGAUUAUGACGUUUCAAUUAAUAGGCUGCACGUUCUUUCCCAAAAUCCUCUUUUCCACCGGGACACGAUCUAAAUCGUUUGUGAACUUUGCAAAAAACGUUUUUAGAAAAAUUAGUAAAAUCCUGCCUACACAAGGUCGAUGAUCUAAUAAACUAACGACGGCGUAGGACGCAUGGAAGAUCGAGACAAAACGCGGGAUACAUGAAAAAUCAUAAAUUUUUAAAUUCUAUUUAAUUUUCUAUUUUUUUACGUUCCAUAUUUAUCAUUAAACAGAAAUAAUUUGAUUCGAUUUGCGCUAAUUUUUUUUCGGGAAAUUAGAAAUUCAAAGUCAUGACUUUAUUCAUUAAUUAUUAAGGGAACGGAAGUCCAAGUACGUACAAACUAUUUCGACCGUGGCUAAGGGGCAAAAGUUACUUUGGGAAAUAACGGUCACCCUAUUGGUCAGAUGCGAACGGAAAAUGUAAAGAAAAGUCUAAUAAAUAAUGUUUGACAACAA